UGCAUGAGCUCCCCAGAGCUGCCUGCUCUGGCUCUGUUUCCGUGUCCCGGGGCACCCAGCAGCACCCUGCAGAGUAAUCAAGCUCUGAGUGGCCUGGAGCACCCUGGAAAGCUCCCUGGGGAUGUGUACGGAGCUUAUUACAGGAGACCCUCUCCUGACUGGGGUCUGGGGUGCAGCCAGGAUGCAAACAGGGAGAGAAGGACGAAAACUGCAGGAGAAGUAAGAGCAGGUUGGUUCUGGAGACCUGCACGAGGGGUUAAGCAGUUCUCCCAGCCGCCGGGGAGCUUUCCCCUGGCUGCGAGGACACGGCGCUGGCAGCCUUCACCUUCUAUAUGCGGUGUUGGCGUGGGCUGGGGGACCAAUUCCCACCGCUGGGUCGCUGCAGGAAGCGCCGUGCCCCUGGCUGAGAGCACCACGCUCACCUUCCCCCCACGGAGAGCUGCCGGCACAGCAGGACAGGCCCGCCCCAGUCAUCCCAGUGGCAUCGCAGGGGUCUGCACUGGUUUGCAAGGGCUGGCACAGGGAGGAGAGGUGUCCUGGGGGUGUGCUGCGCCAGGGCUGGCGGGGAGCGCAGUGAGGGAGCUCCUGGGAAAGGCUCUCCCCGUGCUCCCGUUUGAACGUCGGUGGCUUUGGGCCGUGGAGGACAAAGCAGGUGGGCAACUGGUCAAAUUCGGCAGCGAAACUGGCCCCGUUAGAUCGCGCUGCGGUAACUGGAUAUUGCAGAACUGGCUUUCUUCUUCUAUUUCAGUCCCUGCAGGAAAUCCGUUGCCUCCUCUGCGUAUGGGAGGUGUUGCAGCUCCUUCUCACCAGGUUUUUCCUCCCUCUCUCCAGGAUCUGCUCGUUCCUAGCCAAAGCCUUUGCUCUGCUUGGUCUUGGAGCUUAGGGGAGCCCCAGGCUCCCAUCACCAAGUGAGCUCGGGCCAGGAAGGAGAAGGCUUUCGGAGCACUCGGUGUGGGGCAGGAGCUGCUGCCUGCGGGUCCGGGAGGGCUCAGGGGGCUGCAGAGCCCAGGGGGGCUGCGGGGACGAGCAGGAAACCUCCAGCCUGGGACAUCCCCAGACACCUUUGAAGGGCACCAUUGGGCAUCGCUGUGCAAGGCAGCAAGCCCCCAUGCCAUGAAACUCCCUCCAGGGACCUGGCUUCCCCUUCACCGAGGUGCUUCGGGAUGUCACCAAGCGUCCCUGCACCAUCCCGGCCCCGGGAGCAGGGCACACCUGGGUCAGAGGGGCCGCCAGCUCCGUGCUGGAGGCGGUGGCACCGCCUGCUCCCCGCAGACCCCAGGACAGGGAGAUGCUGGGAUCGGGACACCCCCAGGAUGGGGUCUGUCCCCGCUCCUGGGGGUCCGCAGCACUGCAGUGCUGCAGGGGCAGCUCUGUGGGGUCUGGUGCCUCGCUGCUGCCUGUUCAGGUCCGUGCCAGGGAGCCAAGAAAUUUCUUAACUAAACAAACAGCUCUCGUCCCAGAUGGCAUCUGUGCACACGCCAGGUACAAGCUGUCCCCACAGCUGCCCUGAUGAUGGCUGGGCCAGUUCUUUCCACCAAGCUGCCGUCCCAGAGGACCGGCACGGGGCUGGCAGAGCCGCAGCUGGGCUGUGGGGUCCCAGCUGGGGGGACAGCCCCGGCUGCACACCAGGGUCUCCGGGCUCUGAUUUGGGGUUUCAAGCACUGGGCGAAGCCACGGUGCUGUCCUGGUGCUGUGAGCUCGUAAAUGAAUUCCAGCUGCAUCUCCCAGAGGCAUUUCUUCCUGCUUUCCCUGAAGUCCUGAUGCCCCCUGGCAAAGAUGACACUUGCCCUGACACCCCCUCGCCACGGUGCUUCUGCAUCCCGCAGCCAGCAGCACUGCCCGAUCACCAGCAUUGCUGUGGUCAAGAUGAGGACACUCAGAUUAACCCCACAGACCUGAGCGUGUCCUGACCACAGCUCCCAGCCCUCUGCUUCCCCCGGACAGAAACUUUCAGGGCCACCAAAGCCGACCGAGCACCCAGGAAGAGCCGGGAGGAGCAGAACCUGCGUGCUCCCGGGCAGGGAACAGGGAGAAGGAGACUUAAAUCACCAAACCCAGCCACAGACCUUACAGAAGGAUCUUCCCCUGCACACCAAACCUGCCUGGUCCCGGUGUCAGGGGUUCACGUGCACCCAGCAUCGCUUUGUAACAUCGACUCAUCUCCGUCAGUGGGAGCGGAAUCCUGCCCCACUGCCCCGCUCUUGCUGCGGUGCUGUAACAACCUCUUGCUCCCGUGUCGGCAUCGCUCCAGGCACAUGAGGAGGUGAAUCCAGCGCCGUAAGAGAACCAGCAGGCUGGAGGGUGCUUGCACCCAGCAAAGCCUUGGGUUGCAGAAGCAGAGCAUUGCAAAGUGGUGCCGGUGGGAGACGCUGCCCAGCCCCGUCCACCAAGGGUGAAGGCGGCACCGGGACACCCGCUGAGUCCUGGCUGUGGUUGGCAGCAACGCACACGCUGCGCCCCGGGGAGGAUCGGUCGCUUGACAAAAGUACCAAAAGAAAAGGGGUUUUAAUGGACAAGAGACAAAUGAUCAAAUGGCCCUGAAACACGAAGGAAAAGAGGAAAAUCCUUUGGUGCCGGAGGUAGCCCGUAAGAAAAUAGCCCUCGAGCCUCGGGGUUGCAUCCUGCAUGCAGGGAGGACGUGGUCGCUGCCUGGAGGUCAGCGCUGGCGAGCCGAAAGCCGGACUGAGCCCCUGCUGCCCACAGAGCCCCGCGGGCACAGCAGGGGCAUCGCGCCGAGCACGCAGCACAGAGCCAAAGCUCGCUUGGAGGAGCGGGCAGGCAGCUGCAGACAAAACGAAAGCGCUGCUGUUUGCCAGCCUGCUAGGGAGCCAGCAGGCGUCCUGACUGGCCUGGGGACAGAGGAGGAAGCUCAGGAGGUCCGAGCACUGCUGCACGGCUUCUUCGUGUGCACGGGGAAGGGGUGCCAGCUGCAGCGACACUGCCGUGCCCAACACGUCCUUCCCUGAGAGCGCCCUGUAGGAAGCUUUUCCAUUCUCUGAUGCCUUUGGACACCAGAAGACACGUUGCAGAUAAACGCCACAUCCCAGUUCCCUUGGUUUUCUUCAGGGAGCUCAAACCUGCAAAAUCCUGGCCUGGGGAGCCCAAUUUCAGAGAGCCCAGGGCUGGGUGUGACUGCUGGGUGGGCAGCAUCACCAUCACCGGUGUCACCGUGCAGCGACGAUGCCCUGGGGAGCUGCAGCAGGAGCUCGGUACACCCGGGUGCUGCAGGCUCUGCCUGCACGGGGGGCACUUGCACACCAAACCCCCCCGGGAGCCAGGACCUCGUCUGGGAUCAGCGGCCUCUUGCAAAGCAGGGCCAUGGGCUGCAGCGCGUGAGCAGCGCUGGGAAAUCACUCGGGUGAGACGAGGAGACUCUGGCCCAUAUUCAGGGUUAAACCAGCCCGAUUUGGGGCAGGUCGCUUAGCUGGCCUCAUGCUCCCCUCUGGCAUCCCCAUUGCCUCCUGGGGACCCCGUGCGAUGCCCUCCCCAGGUUCCUAUCACAAACCGCCCACGCCUCCCUUCACCCCAUUGUCAUUUCUCACCCCGAGCAGUGCUGGGGCUGGGGCUCUGCCUUCCCCAUCUCCCCCAGAGCCUCCAGCCCUUCGCUGGCCCCAUACAAAUGGGCUGAAAGCCACCAGCGGCGGUUUAGGAAAAGACGGCGCCUGUUGCGUUUCGGGGCAGCUCCUCCCUCGUGGGCUCCCAGAGCUUCCCGAGCCGGGCUGUGCGAGAGCAGCCGAGUUUGUGACGGUGAGUCCGGGGUGGCGAGGCUGGAGGUCGGGGACCCUGCCCCUGUAACACCUCCGUGUUUCUCUGUUGUUAGGAAACCAGACUGGCCGAGAAGAAGCAGGAAGC